GAGACGCAAUGAGGAGCAGCAUAUUCAAGUCCUGGGAUCUACUGAGAAGGAUGUGGCUCAGGUCCUUUCAUCACAUGGGCUCAAUGAGGAGAAGCUGACUGAUGUCCUUAUAAGGUGCAGGAUGAUGAGACUGUUGAAUCUAGUUGAAGAGGAUGAGGGAGAAUCUGAAGACAAUGACAACAGCAGCACUGAGGAUGAGCUGACAGACGAAGAGAACGAGGAUCACAAUCGUGUCUCUCAAAUCCCUAUCAAUGCCACAGUCCUGGAGAGAAACACAAGGCGAAAAAGUUACUGGAAAAAGUUGUUGUUUUGUUUCUUCGGCCAAACGGAAGAUAGAGACAAUGUGAUAGAACUCACUCCCAGCAUAAAAACUAGUGCUGAGAAGCCCCGGAAAAAAGAGAAAUCUCUGGUCACCUCUGUCACUCAAACUUGGAUAUACAUAAAGUCCAAGAGGAGGCCCACUGCAACCAAAGAGGAGCAUGUGAGCGAGUCGGAUGAUUCAAACUACACAGUGAGCGAAACUGAUUCCAUGAGUUGGAGCUCGGGCAGCAGCAUCCCCAUCUUUAGACUUGAUGGCAGCACUGACAACAGCACCAGUGAAAACAACAGCAACGAUAAAGAGAGCAGUAAAAGUGAUAGCAGCACCAACUUGAAGUCGGAAGUUUCUGUGGAUUCUGAUGCGCCAUCAAACCUUUCCUGCUUGAAGCGAGACUGCCUCGGUCUUCCAAAUCUAGGGCAGACGUGCUACAUGAACUCCGUCCUGCAAAGCCUCUUGAAUCUCCAUCCCUUCGUUCAAGUCAUCCAGAACAUUUCCUACUCCAAAUCACAAUUUUUCAGGGAUUUCCUAAAAGUGGUGAACAGUCGUUCUAGCAACGACACGACUGGCAAAGAAACGAUCCUGUGUGCGUUUAAGAGCACUAUAGCUGAGUUCAACUCAGAGUUUGAUGAUGACGAUCAAAAGGACGCCCAUGAGUUCCUCACUACCUUGCUGGAAAGAUGGAAGCUGCUGUCCAAAGAACUGGAAGAUGGAGCACUGCAGUUUGGCUACCAGUACACAUGUCCUGUGGAGUCGCACAUCGACUUUAAGAUGUUGGGCACACGCAUCUGCAAGCAAUGCGGCCGGCAGUCUACAGUGCAAGAAGAUGCCAUCACCCUCUCCCUUGAUCCAGUGCAUCGUAGCUCCGUAAGACAGGCUCUGAAAAAAUACCUCGAAGGGGGCGCUCUCCAAUACAACUGUGAAUGUGGUGGGGAUGAGUCAAUACAGAUGUGGUCCUUCCAGACUUUGCCAGAUGUCCUGAUCCUCAUGCUGAAACGUUUCAGUUGUGACAGGUAUCACAACCUAAAGAAGCUCUGUUACCCCAUCAACAUUUCCAAAAAGCUGUUAAUACAAGCGCCGAAUAACCAGCAGAUUACAUACAAUUUAGUGAGCAUCAUCAGCCAUUUGGGCAUGAGAGCUGAGUGUGGUCAUUACAUCUGCGACAGUGCUCAUCGGGAAUCAGGCCGAGAUGUGGCAUCCAACACCUGGCUCACAUACGAUGACAUUGAUGUCAGUGAGGCAAAGAGGUCCACGAUAUGUUACCGAAGAAGGAGAACCGCUUACCUGCUCUUUUAUGAGAGACAGCCGUGCUUUCUGUGACGACAGCUCAAUGGAGGGUUUCAGCAUUUCUUAGAUUGGUCUUUCAACAAUGGAAGCAGUUUCAUCUCCGUUCUGUGGGCGUCUCGCUGUUUUCUGACUCCUUAGUAUGGGCCAUCUGCAUGUGCUCAACCCUGGUUAACAGAGAUGGUCAGUUCUCAGGUGACAAAGCUGGUAUCAUGUAGACUUUUGCCUCACCAAAGCACAAAGACAAGUCCUCACAGUGACCACCUCUUCAGUUCUGCUUUGGUCAAUGGCACAUCUGAACCCAAAGGGCAAUCGUCUCGAUGAGACCACUUUGCCAUCUCUGUCUGGGUGAAAAAGCGAGGUGGCCAUCAAACACCCAUAACACUUCCAGAACAUCUUGAAGUGGCUGGUGUUUUGAUAAUAACUGCGCAGCUUUCUUAGCUGGAUGUCAUGAUAAUGGACUGAAUAAACGUUCUACUGUUUAUUGUCGACAGUAAUAUGGUGUCUGUUUUGUGUAGGAGUGUAACACCAUCCAGGAACAAUUGGUCCCACAAUGGGUUUGCCGAGUGACUUGCUGUAUUUAUUUAUUGAAAACAACAACACUUCAGUUUGUUUGUCGUCAGGUGUUUGAAAUGCAUUGAAUUGCGGAACAGACAGAACCAUAACAGUAGCUGUCUGAACACACUGUCUUUCAAGACUGAGACUAAACUGAGUACAAAAUGCAGACGUCCAUGAGUUGUUUUGACACAUUCACAUGUAUAUUGUACUGCAAAAGAAACAGUAGUCAUUUUCCUAAAUAAAUCUGAAUAAAAAAAAACUGAAAUAAAUUCAU